UUCAACUGGGUUAUUGACCUAAAUCUUUAUAAAUUUUACAAAAAUGGAAACUAGAGAAGUUUUAAUGGAGCCUAAGCUAUCCAAAAGUUUUAAUUCCUCAAGAGGAAAGUAUGGUAAUGCACCCACAGACCAUAUGCAGUAGGCAAGAAUGAUGAUACUUGUAGGAAAAAACAACUUUUUAAAAACAUGAUAUUAGAGAAUAGCCAAUAUUUGGUCAGAGGUAACUCCAAAGGAGCCACAUUCCGGCUUAAACAGAUCAGUAAUGAGAGAGAUAAUCAACCAGGGUCGAUCAGAAGAUCUUGAGAGCACAUUCCUAAAGAAUUAGUCGUUGAUUUGAGCUUUGCUGAUACAAAAUUCACCAAAGAUAAACUACCCGAUUUUAAAUAAGAUGAAAAGCAAGGAAGGAUUCAAAUUUGCGAUUAAAAACUACACAUCAAUUCCAAUAAAUUUUCCUGAAAAGAGAGUAAAAGUGCAAAGUGUGGAUUACCCAAGCCAUUUUGACCCACAGAAGAUUAAAAUGAAGCAUAAGAAAGAGACCCUCAAUCAGUAUGCUUUGAAAAGAAAAAUCCAUGAAAAGAUAUAACAAAGAAUCUGAGAGCUAGAAAUUCUAUCCGUCAGACACUCAGAACUGAGAGCAAGAAAGUUGCCAAGAUCAUCGAGAAGAGUUCCCAAGAGAAGCAGGAAGGCCGGAGGGUAGAAGACAGUGAGAGGUCACCGUCAAUGUUGAAUUGAAUUACCCAGUCUGUUUCACCCUCAGAGUUCAAGCUUAGAGAACCUAAAAGAGUUGACCUAACAGUUCAAUUACCUGCUCUACCUUCGCCAAUAUCAGGGUCCCCGAUGUUUUCUCCAUUGGGCAGAAAAAUAUUGAAAAUAGAACAAAAGAAGAUUUCUCUUAAGAAAGAUGUGAUGCAAAAGAGCAUACUUGAGUUUAUACAAAGAGGGAAACAGAAUUCUUUCAACUGUAAAUCCCUCCUGCAAUAAUUCUUAGACCAAAAAGCAAAAGUUUUCCUUGACAAGAAACACAUGAAUCAUGUCUAUAUUAAACAGAGGCUUAAGUAACUCGUGAUAAUCCCUACAGGAGGCCGAAUGAGGCUGGUAUAAGUCUGAAACAGAAUCAGAAAUCAAUAAGACACCAUCGAAAGUUUAGCACAAUAGAACCUCAAUCUAGCAAACCAGAGGAAGAAAGCAAGGUUGUGAUUGUAAAAUCAAAACCGUUACAAGAAGUCCCAAAGCAUCAUCCUAAGCAGAAUUCAUGUAGUCUAACUCGUGACCUUGGGAAGAAGAGUCAUGGAUCUUUAAAGCAAAAUAUUCAUAAAACCAAGAUAAAGGCCAAAAAUAGAAUUAAUCAACAGAAAAUUGCUAAAAUAAGCCCAAAGAAUCCUCAGAUAGAGAACCAUGGCAAUGCUAAGGCAAAGCCUUGCUUCCCUUUACCCACUAACCUAUCCCGAUGGUCUAUCUCUUCCUCGUCAACCUCGCUCAAC